AGGCUGCACUAAAAAAAGGUGAGAUCAACCCUUUCAGUUGUCUUGAUUUUUUCCCUUCUGUUUGUUCGGUAGAAAUCCUCGGUUCUUCCGAAAGUUUCUCUACAACCAAAAGAAUGCCCCAGGGCUCACUAUGUUUUGCUAUGUUGAAACCCUUGUGGGCAGCUUUGGGAAUUUUUAUGCUUUUGAUUGCCCCCACGAUACCAGCGAAGGAAUAUUUGCUUUCUAAGAAAGAAGCGACAGAAAGAUCCAGAGAAACUUCCUUUGUUGGGCGGUAUAUUGUUCCAGCAGGAAUCGGGUGCUGCUCCGGAUUUUUGGCAGGCGUUUUUGGUGUCGGUGGCGGCGCCGUUGUGGUUCCAGCACUGAGUUUUUUUACGGAUAUGGACCACUACCAAGCUCUGGGAACCAGUUUAUGUGGUACGUAGGAACGCGUUUGAAGAAAUAAUAUCAUACGGCCGUUUUAUGGAGGAUGAAUACAUUUUAUGUUUACAA